GAACGGCUUGCUCCGCUCAUUCUUCUCCAUGUUGGAAACAAGGCAACGUCGACACUUUUCUGCUCUUUGGGAACCUCCAUUAUGAUGGAAUAGUCUCUCCCCAACGCACGCGCACCGUUAGGUGCUUGCGCCUUAAAUCAACGAAAAUGGAGUCGUCAGGCACAUUCGCCACCCUUUCUACCUUCAACUUUACGAACCCGCCUUUUGAACAAUCUACCGAGAGGCAGUUGUCAUCAUUCAAAUUGGUUUCGUCGGACGUCAAUUUCUUCAGCAGUAGCAAAUUGAGUCACAACCACCACCAUCAUCAUGGAGUCCCAUUGGGAUCUGGAGUCCGUGUUGGAGCAAUGCUGCUCCAAGUUCUCCAAUGAAGACCUUCUGCCACCCUUGACCAAUGCAGGGGACUUUGGGUGGCUGGACGAGAAGGUGGACCUGUCCACCUGGACGGAGCUCGACUUCCCCGAUGAGCUCGCCGCAGGGAUGCCCGAAGGAGGGCCUCUGUCAGUGCACGGGUCCCCCUUCUACGAACCCAAGCUGCAGUCCCAGCUGCUUCCUUCACCAUCAUCACAGUCUCCAUCGUGGCCCUCUGACCCUGUGUCCCCCACGUUCCCAUCACCCCCAGUGUCCCCCUUGAACAGUUCCCCAUUCGUGGCACCCGCAAGGAGUCAGCUGGCAGAACUUCAGCUUUCGUUUGAAGAUGCUUAUUAUGAUCCCUUUGCCCUCGACUGCUCGAGCCUUCCGCCCUCCCCCGUCGCGAGCGUCUCCCCGCCGCAAACGCCCGACGUGAGCCGACGUAGCCCCGUCCUGGCAAGUAGGGUGACCUCCCCGACGGUUUUCCUCUACGAGCCGGUGUCUCCUCCCCAUGUCUCCGCACCCCCAUCUCCAGUACAACAAUCGCCACAGAGCGAGGCAUCGUCGUACAGCUCCGCGGACGCGUCGUUGAGUCACAACGUCAGCCUGAGCACCGUGUGUCAGCAGCCGAUCUACUUAGCUCCGGUAGAAAACAUCGUCGUGGUUCCCCAGCUGUUGAUAGAGCCCGUCGCAGAGAGCAGCCCGCGGCACGAACCUGCCGAGGUAACGGGCGACGUGGACGUCGCGGCCGAGGAAGACGACAGCGCGGAGGAGUACAUGGUGAUAGCUGACGACGCGGAAGUUCCGCCGCAAGACGAACCUCCGGUGGAGGUGGCGGUCGUAGCAACUACAAAGGCACCGAGUACUCAAAAGCGGAAAAAACGGGGAGGCCGCAAGGUCGCGAAGGAGUCCGUGAGGAAAGAGAGGAAGCGUCUGCAGAACAAGGACGCGGCCACGCGGUACAGACAGAGGAAGAAACAGCAGGUGGAAGGCACUUCGCAAGAGUACACGGAGCAGUACGAGGAAAGCUGCAAACUGAAAGCGGAAGUUCUCAGGAUCUCGAACGAGAUAUCUUACCUGAAGGGUCUGAUGCGGGAACUGUUCAAGGCCAAGGGACUCCUCAAAUGAAAUUAUUUUUACAGUCCUUGCGUCUUCUGUCAUCCCUCCUUUUUUUCAAUCAUGCUUUCUUUUUUUUUUGUCAUUCAUUUUAUUUUGUAGCAACAUGUACGACGUUAUAUACUUCUGCGCUGUAUACUUGUGUUAUCAAUAAAUCUAAUAACCCCCUGCAA